UUGUUUUGCUGUGAUUGGUCUGUGUUUAGUCAAGCAGCUAAACUGAAAGAAGAGGGAAGUUUUUGGCUUCCUGACCCUGAAUAGAGCAACAGAGUGUGGUGAUUGCGCGUACAGACAGUCUUUCAGCUGAAGUUUGAGGCCUGCACCUUUAUCUCCAGAAAUGGCAAAGAUAAGCCUUCUGACUGCAUCCCUAGUUUUGCUAAACCUUGCAGUAUUCCUUGGGCAGCAAUACCCCUUCAUGGACCCAUCACUGCCAUGGGAUAAACGAGUUACGGAUCUGAUUUCGCGGCUGACUCUUGAAGAGAUGGUUCUUCAGAUAUCUAGGGGUGGAGUACAGCAGAAUGGACCCGCACCUCCCAUCCCACGGCUAGGAGUGAAACCCUAUUCAUGGAACACAGAAUGCCUAAGAGGUGAUGCCCAGGCACCUGGUUGGGCCACAUCCUUUCCACAAGCCCUGGGAUUGGCUGCAACUUUCAGUCCUCAGUUGGUGGCUCGUGUGGCUAAUGCCACUGCUACUGAAGUAAGAGCCAAACACAACUACUUCAUGUCUGUCGGAAAUUAUGAUGACCACACUGGACUUAGUUGCUUCAGCCCUGUGAUAAAUAUCAUGAGGCACCCUUUGUGGGGGAGAAAUCAGGAAACCUAUGGUGAAGAUCCCUAUUUAACUGGUCUUCUAGCCACAGCCUUUGUUAAGGGACUUCAGGGAGACCAUCCUCGGUAUAUUAAAGCUAAUGCAGGCUGCAAACACUUUGCUGCCCAUGGUGGCCCAGAAAAUGUUCCUGUUUCCAGAUUCAGCUUUGAUGCCAAGGUAGAGGAGAGAGAUCUGCAGAUGACUUUUCUGCCACAGUUUCAUGAGUGUGUUCAAGCUGGCACCUAUAGCAUCAUGUGUAGCUAUAACAGGGUGAAUGGGGUCCCUGCCUGUGCCAACAAAAGGCUUCUUACAGACAUACUUCGCACAGAAUGGGGUUUCAAUGGUUAUGUAGUGAGUGAUGAAGGUGCUAUUGAAUAUAUAAUGGAAAAACACAAGUAUACAAGCAGCUUCUUGGAAACAGCAGUGGAGGCUCUAAAUUCUGGAUGCAACCUGGAGCUGUCCAUCAAUCUAGCAGAUAAUGUUUUCAUGAAAGUCCAGGAUGCUGUGAAGUUUGGCAACAUCACCAUAGAGACCUUAAAGGAGCGGCUUUACCCACUGUUUUACACCCGCAUGCGUUUAGGAGAGUUUGAUCCACCCGAGAUGAAUCCUUACAGCUCGCUGGAUCUCCGUUCUGUUCAGAGCAAAGAACAUCGAGAUCUUGCAUUGGAAGCUGCUAUCAAGAGUUUUGUGUUGUUAAAAAACACCAGAAACACUUUGCCACUAAGUCUGCAGUCAAUCACAGGAAAGAAAAUUGGGAUUAUUGGCCCUUUUGCUGAUGAUCCUAUGGGUCUUUUUGGAGAUUAUGAACCCCAUCCUGACUCUCAAUAUAUAUCCACUCCCAGGGGUGGCAUAACAAUGCUUCCAGUACAAGUGAGCUUUGCUGCAGGAUGCAGUGAUGCGCGGUGUGAAAAGUACUCUCCUGAAGAGAUAAAGCAGUUGGUGAAGUCUGUAGAUAUAACAGUUGUGUGUCUUGGUACAGGUAUUACUGUAGAGACAGAGGGAAGUGAUCGGCAAGACCUCUCAUUGCCUGGCCACCAGGCCGAUCUUCUAAAGGAUGCUGUGACAUCAGCUGCAGGUCAUCCAGUCAUUCUGCUGCUAUUUAAUGCUGGUCCUCUGGAUGUUUCCUGGGCAAAGAGCAAUGAUGGGGUUCAUGCCAUACUUGAGUGCUUCUUCCCUGCACAGGCUGCAGGCAUUGCCAUUGCAAAGCUGCUGGUAGGCGCUGAUGGUGUGAGCCCCGCAGGCAGACUGCCAGCAACAUGGCCAUCUGGGAUGGAACAGGUGCCUCCGAUGGAGAAUUACACAAUGCAGGGAAGAACAUACCGCUAUUAUGGGAAUCAGAUGCCACUCUAUCCUUUUGGAUAUGGGCUUUCCUAUACCAAUUUUCAUUACAGUGAACUCAUAAUGAACAGUUCCCUGGGCACAUGUGACAUACUUCACUUGUCUGUGCAAGUGCAGAAUAAUGGCAGCAGAGCUGGGGAGGAGGUGGUACAAGUGUACAUUAGCUGGGUUUUUGCCUCUGUUCCUGUUCCUGGUUGGCAACUUGUGGGAACGGAAAAGGUGACCAUUCCAGCUGCUGCUUCUGUGAAGGUCUCAUUUUCUAUCCUUCCAAAACAGAGAGCGGUUUGGACUGACCUAUGGAUGCUUGAGCCUAUGGUUUUUCAACUCUAUGUUGGUGGACAGCAGCCUUUUCAAGACACGCAAGCCCCAUCCAACAUUCUUCAAGGCAGCUUCAUUGUGGUAGGGCUGCCCCAGCCCCUCAGCACUUGCUAAAUUGGAUUUUCAACAGCCUUGUGCCAAAAUGUAUUGCUUUCCUUGCUUGAGCACACACUCCUAGGGUGGUUCCUUUGACAAGCCUACAUAUUUGCUUACUUUCUAAUUGUCUUUAGUUUAUAUUAAAAUACUUCAGGAACAUUCAAGAGAUGACUGUUUAGCUUGGUAGCUUGUUUGUUAUUGACCAUAAGAAAUACACAUUACUUUAUUACCUUUCACACAGACUAAGGACUUCCAAAAAAACAGAAUAAUAGAUGUUAAGAGUGCCACCAAAGUUUUUUGCAAAGUAAUUACUGCGUGGCUAAGAAACUGCAUGUCAAUAAAAGGACUGCACUAGCUGCAUACUGAAAAAUAAAGUAUGAGCUGCAUUCGUUGAGAAA